AUGGCAGACUCGGAUACAUCAACUGCUGACAUCCAUAUUCAAUGGAUGCGCCAAGCAAUGGAUAUGGCUGAAGAAGCUCUUACGGCGAGCGAAGUCCCUGUAGGCUGUAUCUUCGUUCGCGACGGUAAAGUCAUUGCAAGGGCUCGCAAUCGUACCAAUGAACUCCGAAACGCCACACGACACGCAGAGCUCGAAGCCAUUGACGCUAUUCUCGCAGACCCUGUCCUCACGCCAGAACAUAAACCGUACCCACUCUCGGACACGGUUCUGUACGUGACUGUAGAGCCUUGUAUUAUGUGUGCAUCGGCUUUGAGGCAGAUGGGCAUCAAGGAAGUUUUCUACGGUUGCGCGAACGAGCGGUUCGGAGGAUGCGGUAGUGUUCUCGGAGUCAACGCAGGGCUUGUGCAUCCUAAGCAUCCUGCCUAUAAAGCGACAGCAGGAUAUUGUCGAGAAGAGGCCAUCAUGGUCUUGCGACGGUUCUACAUCACGGAGAACACCAAUGCUCCUGCACCCAAAUCCAAGUCCAACCGUGUACUUAAAACGGAGAUCCCAACGAAGUCAGAAUAA